CAGACAGAUUAAAUACGGCUUGAUUUAAACAACAACAACAAAAAGCAUUUUAAUCGAUGAAAUGAUGUUAGUUGUUAUUGUUUUCUUGUGAAGUCGGUAGGUACCCUGUACAGUUGAAUGCAUGGCGGAUAAAGUACGGUUUCCCACUAGUUAGUAGCAUCUCGUCAACAGGGGGAUGUGGACUAGGUUGCUGUUCCACUUCAAGCUGUGUUCGCCGUUGUUUUCUGGGAGACUGAGCUGCCAGCAGAACUUUACACUUUCUCUCAAUAGCAACAUUGAAUUUAUGUUUGGAACAAUAGGGAAUUUAUACCAUUGGCACAUUUUAACAUAUGCCUUUCGUAUGUGUAAUGUAUAUGGUGUAAAUGGUAAGUUCGCCAACCGAGCUACUGUUUUUGGAUUAACGUUCGUUAGCCAGCUAACCGUUUAGCUACUGUAACGUUUGCUUUGGAUAAUUUAACUAAGUCAAUUUAACUAGGUUUUUGAAAAACAUCACCCUGGUUGUUAUCUAACUACAGUGAAAUGGACCAGAAGCUGGACUUGGAAGCAACACUCCUGCAGUUUUAGAGAAUAACCAAAUGAUCACCACUUGAAGUAACAACGUUACUCCUCACCGAAUGAUACCGACGUGUAUUUGCACAAGUUAACUUGCUAAAUGUAAAGUGGAGUAGCCAGCCAGUUAGCUAGCUGCCAUGGAUAUUUUUUCUAGACCUAGUGGAGAAAUACAAAGAAAAAACCCUCAGCAGGAUUUCGAGCUUAUUCAACGAGUUGGGAGCGGCACAUAUGGAGACGUAUACAAGGCUCGAAACAUCCAAACGGGAGAGCUUGCUGCUGUUAAGAUUAUUAAACUGGAGCCAGGGGAUGACUUCUCCAUCAUCCAGCAGGAGAUCUUCAUGGUGAAGGAAUGCAUGCACCACAACAUAGUGGCCUACUUCGGGAGCUACCUCUGCCGUGACAAGCUGUGGAUCUGUAUGGAGUACUGUGGGGGAGGAUCUCUACAGGACAUAUAUCAUGUAACGGGUCCCCUAUCAGAGCUGCAGAUAGCCUACGUCUGCAGAGAGACCGUACAGGGUUUGGCAUAUCUACACUCCAAGGGAAAAAUGCACCGUGACAUCAAGGGUGCUAAUAUCCUCCUAACAGACAACGGGCAUGUGAAACUAGCUGAUUUUGGAGUAGCAGCCAAAAUAACAGCCACCAUUGCCAAGAGGAAGUCCUUCAUCGGGACUCCUUACUGGAUGGCCCCAGAGGUAGCAGCGGUAGAGAAGAACGGAGGUUACAACCAGCUGUGUGACAUCUGGGCCGUGGGCAUCACCUCCAUAGAACUGGCCGAGCUGCAGCCUCCUAUGUUUGACCUGCACCCAAUGAGGGCUUUGUUUCUCAUGUCAAAGAGCAGCUUUCAGCCUCCCAAGCUAAAACACAAAACGAAAUGGACCACAGCCUUCCAUAACUUUGUUAAAGUCGCUCUGACCAAGAACCCGAAGAAGAGACCGACAGCAGAGAAGCUCUUAACGCAUUUGUUUGUAGGUCAGACGGGGCUGACCAGGAGAGUAGCUGUGGAGCUGCUGGACAAGAUGAACAACCCAGAUCACCACCAACACUUCUCUGAGGUGGACGACGAUGACCUGGAGCCUCUUUCAGCAGUGAGACACAUCAUUCGUUCAACCAACAAACACUCCAGAGCAGAGAGAACUCGCUCAGAGAUCAACUCAGCAGAAAACGGGAAUGAUGCAUCUCCAGGAAGACCGUGCUCGAGCCCUGUCCCACCUAACUAUCCUGCUAGGUUCCAUAGCUACCCUAUCUACGCUACAGAGGAGACGGACAGGGAUAAGGACAGGGGGGACCCAGGAAAAGUAAUCGCUCAUCUGAAGACACUUGUUUCAGUUGAUAAAGUGAAGUUUGAACCUCCGCUGAGGAAGGAAACGGAGGCUCACACUGAAAUGGACGUGACUAAACAGAGUGACUUCCCCUCUCCCUGGAGCCCUUUGGCAGAGGGAGGCAUCUCUACCAGGGGACAUAUGGCCCAUCUGGAGGAUGCCUUUGAAGACGUGGAGCUGUCGACCCUCAAGCAAGGAAUCCCACCUCCUCUACCUCCAAAGCCUCAUCUGAGCAGUUUGUCAGAUGAGCCAGAUUUGAGUGAUGAGAGGUGUUUGACAGUGAGGAGAUUUCCAGGCUCAGAGGACAGCCCACGUCCAGGCCUGUUCCCCCGGAGACUGAGCACCCCAGAGCAGGGCAAUAAGGUGGAGCAGUCUGGUCCGGACUACCUGUCAGCCUGCGGCAGCAGCCCCAAUCUGCUAUCUACGUCCACAGCCUCAGACCCUGAUCCUGAUGACAGUGUGAACGGAGACAAUCCCAGUACUCGUCCCAGCCGACCACAGAGGACGGAGAAGAAAGACUACCUUAAACCUGCCAUCAACGGCCUGCCGCCCACUCCUAAAGUCCUGAUGGGGGCCUGUUUCUCCAAGGUGUUUGAUGGCUGCCCACUGAAAAUCAACUGUGCCACGUCAUGGAUACACCCUGAUACCAAAGACCAGUACCUUAUAUUUGGGACAGAGGAUGGGAUCUAUACCCUCAACCUGAAUGAGCUGCAUGAAGCCACCAUGGAACAGCUGUUCCCCAGGAAGUGUACCUGGCUCUAUAUCAUCAACAACAAUCUGAUGUCUUUGUCAGAAGGGAAGACCUUCCAGCUCUACUCACACAACCUGAUUGGGCUGUUUGAGCAGCUGAAAAAGCCUGGCCUCGCCUCUCAGUUCCACACACACCGCUUCCCAGACAAGAUGUUACCAAGGAGGUUUGCCUUGACAACGAAGAUCCCUGACACAAAGGGCUGUCACAAGUGUUGCAUUGUGAGGAACCCCUAUACGGGCCAUAAGUACCUGUGUGGAGCGCUCCAGUCUGGGAUAAUCCUGCUACAGUGGUAUGAACCCAUGCAGAGGUUCAUGCUUAUCAAGCACUUUGACUUCCCCCUGCCCAGCCCUCUGAAGGUGUUUGAGAUGUUGGUGGUUCCAGAGCAGGAAUACCCCAUGGUGUGUAUAGCAGUCAGCCAGGCCACGGAGCCAGGCCAGGUGGUCCGCUUUGAGACCAUCAACCUCAACUCCUGCUCUUCCUGGUUCACUGAGAUGGGAUCAACUGGUCAAGCAGUGGACGCCAUCCAUGUAACCCAGCUGGAGAGGGACACCGUACUAGUGUGCCUGGACAAAAAUCUCAAGAUCGUUAAUCUCCAGGGAAGACUGAAGUCCAACAAGAAGCUAGCCUCAGAGCUCAGCUUUGACUUCACCAUUGGAUCUGUUGUGUGCCUUCAGGACAGUGUUCUGGCCUUCUGGAAGCACGGCAUGCAGGGAAAGAGCUUCAAGUCCAACGAGGUCACCCAGGAGAUUUCUGAUCCCAGCAGAGUCUUCCGCCUCCUAGGAUCUGACAGGGUGGUGGUUCUGGAGAGUCGGCCCACUGACAACCCCACAGCCCUCAGCAACCUCUACAUCCUGGCCGGACAUGAGAACAGUUACUAACCCUGACCCCAGCCCUGUCCCUGUUACUGAGAACAGUUACUAGCCCUGACCCCAGCCCUGUCCCUGUUACUGAGAACAGUUACUAGCCCUGACCCCAGCCCUGUCCCUGUUACUGAGAACAGUUACUAGCCCUGACCCCAGCCCUGUCCCUGUUACUGAGAACAGUUACUAGCCCUGUCCCUGUUACUGAGAACAGUUACUAGCCCUGACCCCAGCCCUGUCCCUGUUACUGAGAACAGUUGCUAAAGCUGUCUGGCCCAAAGACCGGUCCCCUGUUACUAGUCCUGUCUGGCUCAGCCUCUCUGAUCACCAGUAACCCUUCACUCAGCCUCUCUGAUCACCAGUAACCCUUCACUCAGCCUUUCUGAUCACCAGUAACCCUUCACUCAGCCUCUCUGAUCACCGGUAACCCCUCACUCAGCCUCUCUGAUCACCGGUAACCCUUCACUCAGCCUCUCUGAUCACCGGUAACCCUUCACUCAGCCUCUCUGAUCACCGGUAACCCUUCACUCAGCCUCUCUGAUCACCGGUAACCCUUCACUCAGCCUCUCUGAUCACCGGUAACCCUUCACUCAGCCUCUCUGAUCACCGGUAACCCUUCACUCAGCCUCUCUGAUCACCGGUAACCCUUCACUCAGCCUUUCUGAUCACCAGUAACCCUUCACUCAGCCUCUCUGAUCACCAGUAACCCUUCACUCAGCCUCUCUGAUCACCGGUAACCCCUCACUCAGCCUCUCUGAUCACCGGUAACCCCUCACUCAUCCUCUCUGAUCACCGGUAACCCUUCACUCAGCCUCUCUGAUCACCGGUAACCCUUCACUCAGCCUCUCUGAUCACCGGUAACCCUUCACUCAGCCUCUCUGAUCACCGGUAACCCGUCACUCAGCCUCUCUGAUCACCGGUAACCCGUCACUCAGCCUCUCUGAUCACCAGUAACCCUGGUGAAACAAACAUGUCAGACAAGGGUUGUGUCCCAAAUGGCACCAUUUUCCCUUUAUAGUGAACUACUUUUGACAGCCCCGUUCACCACCUCUCUUCUCCAGCCCCGUUCACCACCUCUCUUCUCCAGCCCCGUUCACCACCUCUCUUCUCCAGCCCCGUUCACCACCUCUCUUCUCCAGCCCCGUUCACCACCUCUCUUCUCCAGCCCCGUUCACCACCUCUUUUCCAGCCCCGUUCACCUUCUCCAGCCCCGUUCAUCAACGCUCUUCUCCAGCCCCGUUCACCACCGCUCUUCUCCAGCCCCGUUCACCUUCUCCAGCCCCGUUCACCACCUCUCUUCUCCAGCCCCGUUCACCUUCUCCAGCCCCGUUCACCACCUCUUCUCCAGCCCCGUUCACCUUCUCCAGCCCCGUUCACCACCUCUCUUCUCCAGCCCCGUUCACCUUCUCCAGCCCCGUUCACCACCUCUCUUCUCCAGCCCCGUUCACCUUCUCCAGCCCCGUUCACCACCUCCAGCCCCGUUCACCACCUCUCCAGCCCUGAGUCCUCUGCUCACAAUGGGCUAAAAACUGAUCGACUGGUAGAGCAGAAUGUAGGCAGGAAAGGUUCAGACCAAUGGACAGUCUUACUCUGGAGCUUCCACUUCUUCUCUCAACCUGUUACAUAUCAGCUGAAAUACUGCAAUAUGACAAGACAAUAUCUAGAGGUGUUACUGAAAACGAGUACUAUAAUAAUUCAGAUAUUUAGGACUGGUAGCAAAUGGGAGUGUUGUAUCAAACAGUCAUUUUUUUACAAGUAGCUGACUGUCACAGGUCUGGUUGCUGAUUAGCUUUGGUCUAGGACCAUAGUGCGGCUUGCUAACGCUGAGCCUUGACAUGUAGUUGAUUUUCCAUCUUUAGUUUUAACUAAUAUAGAAUGGUUCACAAAGAAAAUCAUUUCAACUUUAUUUAUUCAUCUCGAAGCAAUAUUCGGGUAUGUUUGAUUUACUAGCCGUGAGGGAUAGUUCAGUUUGAUGUUAUUUCCAAUACACUUGAGGUGUUGUCGUUUCAUCCAAACGUUUUGACAGUUGGUCGAUCUGCCUUGUAUCGUUGACUUCUUUUACUUCAUAGACAUCUGAUGUCAUCUACGUCCCAAAUGGAACACUUCCCUGGGGCUCUGGUCAAAUCCCAUCUCUAGGGUUAGGUGGUCUUCACAACUAUAUGUCUUGGUUACAGUCAUGUGAUUCAAUGUGAGGAAUGGCUAUGGUUUCAUCAACCAUGAAACCAACCAGGUUAUAAAGGAAAUGAACCCAAGGAUGCUAGCCAGAUUUAAAGGUUUAAAAAGGGGGUUUACAUGGCAUGAUGUCACUGUCAGACUGAUGUUAAUAGCAGACACAUUUUAAUUUUUUUUAGGAUGAAACAAGAUAAAGGUUGACAUUUAAGUUGAAAAUAAGAGAACUUUGAAAGCGUGAACUGUCCCCUUUAAGCAGAGAGAGACAGGGUGAACUGUCCCCUUUAAGGAGAGAGAGACAGGGUGAACUGUCCCCUUUAAGCAGAGAGAGACAGGGUGACCUGCCCCCUUUAAGCAGAGAGAGACAGGAUGAACUGUCCCCUUUAAGCAGAGAGAGACAGGAUAAACUGUCCCCUUUAAGCAGAGAGAGAGACUGUUUCUGUAGUCAUGCUGACAGUGGGAUCCAGCUCAGCCAGGCCAGGGAUGACCUUAGCCUGGGUGCCGGUCGGUUUUUGCUCUCUUGCCAACUCUUUAUGAGAUUGUCAUGCUUGGAGUUGGCAAACGAGCAGAAACAGACUGGCACCCAGGCUAAGCUGAAGUACCUUCCUAUCCAGAGGUUGCUAUGCAGCUUUGGGUUACUUUUACGCUUACUGAUAUGCAAUGAAGGCUGAAAUGGCACCCUAUUCCCUAUAUAGUGCACGGUCCCUGGUCAAGAGUAGUGCACUAAAUAGCGAAUAGGGUGUCAUUUGGUCACACUCAUAGUCCUCUCUCUCCCGCUUGGUUGCAUUUUAGAAAGUAGACUAUAGUGUAAAAUGUAGGGGGGGGGGGGUUUUCCUUCAUUUUUUUUUUUAACUACUUGUAUUCAAUAUUUGCACCAUGUAAGCACUUUUGUACAUUUUCUGUUUUUUAUUUAAAUGACAAAAAAGGGAAAUGCUUUAGUUUUCAUAACAUUAUUUGCAUUCCCUUUGCAAAACCUUUAAUGUAUGUAGUUUUUGUAAUAAAGAAAGCUAUUGUUAACAAUA